AUGCCAAUCGACGCAGGCUUCCUCGGCCCGCGCGACCUCCUAAUCGAAGACGAGGAUCGCUUCGUCCUGACAGCCCCUUCCUUCCGGAAGCUGAAGGAUGUGCUCGUGGGCACCGAGAAACUCCCCUACGAUGAACAGAGCAUGCGUCUGUGGUUCUCGGACCGCGCGUUUUACAUUUUGUCUGAUUAUCUGGAGCCUGUCAUGGAGGCGUUUACGAAGCUCUGUUUUCGUCCCCCUCACGCGGAGAAAUAG